CGUCACCAACAAACUGUGGCACCGAAUCAUUGCAGAAUGUCUCAAAAGAGGAGACGUCAGGAUGAAUCACAGGCUGCAGCCCGGCCUCUGAAGCAGAAAAGGGUUUUCACUGAGCAAGAUAGAAAUCGUGCAUCAAUCUACGAAGAUCUGGCCGAUGAGAAACAUGGGACCAGAAUUCAAGCCGCUAAAAAGCUUAUGGACGAGUUCUCGCCCGCUCAUAAUCCAGACGCUGCAAAAUUGAGCGAUGUUUUCAAUCGGCUCAUCCGUGGCCUUUGCAGUGGUCGCAAAGCUGCCCGGGCCGGAUAUUUCAUUGCUCUCACGGAACUGCUGAGACAGACCAGCACUUCUGCCGACCUAUUCAGCGAAUCUUUGGGCAACUUGCAAGACCUCCUACUGUUGAUCAAUAAGUUGACGAAACCAGAUCAGAAUUUGCCCCAGGAAACUCGCGAUAAGCUCAUUGGACGAGUGUCUGCUUAUAAGGCGCUCCUACAGGCUUCAGUGCUUCCCGGAUCAAGUGACAAUGCCGAGAUAUGGGAAUCAUUCUUAGACAACACCUCCAAGCUGGCCCGAGAUACCCCAUGGCUACGAGAAGAAUGUGGCCUAAUGCUUUGUGAUUUUAUUAGUAUUUCAGCCAAAAAUGGAGAAAAAAGUCAAGAUGCUAUCAGACAGAUAGUUUCGAAAUACUCUGACGACGGCCUGCUUCAGACCGCAGAAGGUGUCGCUCUAUGGUUGACAGUGCAAAAGGCCUUUCCGGAUUUAAAGCUGCCAAAGGAUAUUUGGCACAAAAAGGACCCGCUUCAUAGCACAGAGAGAACAAGGCUUGCCAGAAUAUUAUGUGACUCGAGGAGCAGCAAUGAACUGGAUUCUGAGCAGAAGAAAAAGAUCAAGAGCAGUGGCAGUUGGAAACCGCAGCCUAACUUUGCCUGGCGGGUCGUCAUGGAGCAAGCAUUUUCCAACUUCUCUUCUGUAUCGAAGCUGAAGCAAUUUUGUAUAGAGGUUCUUGAUAACUCACUAUUCGCUGAAAAGGCUUCAGCAGAGCGCAAGCUCUGGGGCUUCAAUCUACUUUCGUGGGCGAUAAAUUUUGCGCCUGCAGAUUUGCUACCUGCAGUCUUCACGCCGAACUUUAAACGUACCUUAAUCAAUCAGCGUGCAGACCCGAAACGCGAUCUGUUCGAAGCUGCAAACAGUCCACUAGAGGCAGUUGUAUCACGUGCUGAAAAGGACGUAGACGCUGCCUUAAAGCUGUUCGAGACUUUGGUCACUAGUGAAACAUAUGUCCACUUUGAUCGAGUUACAAAGAGCAACACGUUAAGCAAGCUUGUCAGCAACGUUGCUGACAAUGGAAAACUAGCUAUGAUGGAUAUGGUACUGAGCCAUGUCCUUCGUCCACAGCUCGAGGAGAGCAACACAACAGAAGAAGCGCAUAAAGCGCGAGUCAUUUUGGCCAAUCUUCUCGUCAGUAUGAUCUCCAGGCACACGAAACAUGAAGGCUCGAUCAACCAGACUUGGACAGGAAAGGUUGUGCAGUCUCUUGCAUCUUAUGCCUAUUUCAAGUCAAAACAAGCAGAACCACCCAUAUCCGAUGAUUCCAGGUCGAUGUUACACGAUGCAAUUGUUCGUUGCACAACUCAUGUAUUGCCCAAGCUGGAUAACCCAGGAGACUGGUUGUACAGCUUAGCACAGUAUAUCCAAAAAUCUUCAAAGUCCUCCGACCACCCACUAGCUCUCAAGGCAGACCGCAAUGUCAUAGACUCGAUACAAGAGUCUCAAAAGAUGAUGCGAGAAGUAAACAAGAAACUGAAGUCAGCAGAUGUCAGCAACAGGGAAUUUCUGCAAGUUUUCCAGUUGCUGUUUGCCCUCAUCCUCCUGGAAGUAUAUAGUGGCGAUGCUGAUGCUUGUGAUAUGUUAGCAGAGCUGCAGACUUGUUACGCAUCCAUGCAAACAGGCAAAGCAGAUGCACAAGUGUUUGAUUUGCUCCUCGAGCUGUUGCUGUCUUUUUUAUCUAAGACAAGCUCCCUCUAUCGUCAGUUUGCGGAUUUGGUUUUUCCCGUGCUUGCCAAAGGCAUGACAGAAGACGGUCUCGAGUCAUUGUUGGAUAUUCUUCAGAAAAAAGAGACCUUGGCUGGGCAGGAGGAGCUGUUCGAGUCCGCAGAUGCUGAAGACAUUGGCGAGAACGGUGAGGAGGACUAUGGUGAUGAUAUCUCUAUUGAUUCUGAUGUCGAGAUUAUGUCCGCUUCUGAAGAUGAGUCUACCACGAAUGGCAUCAAAGACAGCACAAAAGGCGUCGAUGAGGAAACGGACGAAGACGGCGAGGAUCCAGAACUGCAACACUUUAACGACGUCCUUGCGCAAACACUCAGGACUUCCGUGCCUAAUGCUGAUGCCGCCGAUAGCAGCGAAGAGGAGUCAGAUAUGGAUGACGAGCAAAUGCUGGCAUUGGACCCGCAACUGGCAAAGCUGUUUCAGGAACGCCGGCAAGCCACAGGCGGGGCGGGCGGCCCUAGUAAGAAGAAAGAAAAGAGCAAGGCAAAACUUCAAAUGACACUUUUCAAAAGCCGAGUUCUGGACUUGAUUCAGAUCUAUGUGAAAAAGCGGCAUGCUUCCCCGGUAGUCUUGAAGGUUCUGAUCCCACUGCUGAGCUUGAUGCGCAUCACAUCAAGUUCGGAGUUGGAGAAGAAAGCAAAGACUACUCUAGGGACCUUGUUUGAGAACUGUGAUCGUGACAAGCAAUUCCCCACACCUUCAGAUGCCAACGAACUAUGGUCUCUUCUUCGAGACAUUCAUGAUGAGGUCCAAAAGGAUGCAUCCAAACAACAUGACGCGAUCUGCGGUCGAGCGAGUUUAUUCGUCGCGAAAAUGCUUAUGCUUUCAGACAGGACCAAUAUCCGCAGACUUAUUGAUGAAUAUGGAAAGACGCAGGUCCAGGUCGUCGAAAAUGGUACCAAUGUACAGACUUCUUUCUUCACCGAAUGGUGCGGUUGGUGCAUGCAGUGGAAGCAUCGUGCUGACAGACAGAACGAGAAAAAUAAGAAAGAAGCAACAGGGCCUAUUCAACAAGACAAAGGUGGCAAGAAAGAUAAGAACAAAAAGAACGCGAACGCUAGAAUCGAAAGUUCGUGAAUUGCGGGUCUAUUAGUUGUAUUAUUAGUGUCCCGAAAGAGAAAAGAAUAGCCUCUGGAAAAUCUUUGUUACAGAGUCGAAUAGAAAAUGUACAGUUCUAGGUCCG